GGACCUCUGGCUAACAAUGAAAUGGGGAUGGCCUGUACUUCUGGGCUAGAAUCCUGGUUCUGGAGCCUCUUUUUCCACUUACUGACUUUUUUGCUUAAACAUUUAAUAAGUGUGUUACAAGUCUAUCAAAUUGUUUAAUGUAUUUGAAACAUGCACAAUCUACACACUACUACUAUAUUAGUAGCACUUAUGUUUGGCAGCAUGUCUCUCACUUGAUGCCAUUGCUAGCUAAUCAGAGAAAUAACUUAAUGUACCCCUCAUGUACCCAAGCUUUCCUGUGUUAUGAUGAUUUUUUAGGAAGUGCUCUCUUGUUCAUUUCAAAGUUCUUGUAAGUAUCCAUGUAGUUUCUUUGCAAGUGCUUAUAAUUAUUGCUUUAUUUUGUCAAAAAGUGCAACUGUGAUAUUUAUGGAUAGUUUUGAAAAUUGGGGGUUAUUUCAUUUUGGGAUAGUAUUAAUUGGUAUAGUAUGCUCAGGUUAAUUAAUUUCUGCAGAGUGUUUAGUAGGUUUGCUUUAUAACUGGAGGAUGAAUCUUAAAGUUGUCUAAACUGAAUUUUUAGCUAACAGAUAGAUUAGACAUGAAGUUUAAUGCAAAAUGAACAAUCUUUUAUUCAUAUUGAAACACAAAAACAAGUAUGUUUACUUACUUUGGACUGUGGAUUGGUCAACAGUUUUUCAUCCCUCAAUAUAUCUAUCCAUUGGUCAAACCACAUAGAUACCAUGUUGAAUUGUUGAAAAUUUGAGAUUUACCAAUAGCGACUAGCUCUACUUGUGACUAGUCAUUUUCAUUCAACAUAAAAGAGAUUGUAACCUCUAGAUAUUGUCUAUUCUACCAGGGAGGGACACUGCUGUAAUUGAUGUUGUCCCAUAAUGUGCAGCAUAACAGCAAUAUCUCCACAGGAAGAUCAGGAAGUUAUCAGUGAUGAAGAUAUGUUUAUAGCCUCUUCAAAGAAAUCCUGAUUUAGUUAGUGUACCAGAAUGGUUAUAAGUGUGUUUGUGGUGGUUAUUCUGUGUCAUUUCAGAAACUUUUAUAUACCUUUAGUGUAAUCGUCACUGGAUUUGUAUGUCUUGAGUUCCCAUCAGUAAGAUAUUUCAAAUUAUUGUACGUUAUUAUUUAUUUUGCUAACAGUCUACCAAUGCCUACUUACAGACGAUUAUGCACAUUUCGAAAUUGCACUUUAUUGCUGAUUUUAAUUUGCUUAUUGCUUGUGGCAGUAUGGUCAUCAGGUUUUAUCCACUCAGCGUCCUUUAGAAAUUUUCUAGCUGGUGAGAUAGUGGAUUUCAGUGGUGCUGACAAUGUGACAGGUUUUAAUAACUACAUAGUACCUAAUGUGGUUCACUUUGUGAAAUUAGAAAAUCAUGAGUUAGAAUUUGUUGAUAUGAUCAGUAUAAAAGCCGCUUUCCUUCAUCAACAUCCAGAAAAAAUUUUAAUACACUGUGACUGUCAAACUCUAAGUGGUAAAUAUUGGGAAAUGGUAAAAGACUUACCAGGUUUGGAAAUUAAAUUUAUUCAGAAGCCUAUUUACAUUUUUGGUCAGAAGUUGAGUUCUGUUUACCAUGCCUCAGAUAUUGCUCGACUACGAAUACUGAUGUCUGAAGGAGGCAUAUUCUUGGACAGUGAUGCUUAUGUUGUAAAAUCCCUGGAUCCAUUCCGAAAAUUUGAAAUGGCAAUUGGAUGGCCACCAGAACAGAAUUUGGGAACACAAGUGAUUAUAGCUCACAAAAAUGCUCGUUUUUUAAAACUUUGGUAUCAUUCCUACAAAUACUACAAGCCCGAAAGAUGGUACUACAAUGCUGGUGAGCUUCCAACACAGAUGAUACUAAUGAGACAACCAGACUUAGUGCAUAGAGUGCCUUAUGAUUUUGGUGUACAUGAUCUUGCUCACUUCUUAUAUGGUGUUCAUCGUUCUGACUGGCAGAAUUUUCAUGCAAUUCAUCUUCUUAUUAGGCAUAAAUCUUAUUUAGUUCCCAGUGACCCAUUAGAAAAGUUUGAUGAAAAAAACAUAAAGGCAUAUGAUAAGACAUUUGGUGACAUGGCUAGACUAGUUCUUUUUGGUAAAACUGAUGUGAUUUUAAAUGUCACUUCAAAUGUGUAAAAACUGCAUCAGUAGAGUAGCCAAUUCAAUUUUAUGACAGCUUGUGUAUACUUGUAUGUUAUUUGAUAACUACAUACUAAUGAACAUAUGGAAACAUACAUGUUGUAUGUUUUAUAUUCUAAAUAAUAAUGGGUUUGUACAAUAAUUUGUGCUAUGUCAUUUUACUUUUUUAAUACACAUAAACAUUAAUAUGUUAAAAAUAUAAAAACUGCCCAUGAUAAUUUGUAAUAUAUCUAAUAAUUGUAAAUGUUGUUAAGAUAUAGGGAACAACUUUUUAUUAAAUGUAUAUUCUUAGUGGGACAACAGAAAAUAUAGUAUAGUUGUUUAACCAGGAAAGUAAUUUAAUUAUAGAAACUUUAAGGUUGAUCCACCAUCUUAGGAAGUUACAUGAUUUUAUUAAAGAAAGUAGAAUAGAGACUUUAAUCUUCCUUUCAGAAAAAUCAUAAUCAGGAAAGUACCAACAUUUAUUGAGGGUCUUGGGUUUGAUUCUCAUUGCUACCAAACUUUUUUUACCAUGUUUUCUUAUGGCAAAGCUACUAAGGCCAUCUGCCACUGUUGCUUAAUUUAAAAUGCAGCACUCACUGCCAACUCUUUGGCCACUUAAGUGUUAAAUAAAGUGUAAAUUUACUGUUGUUGUACAUUGUAUUAUGUUUCUAAUUCAAAAUUGUAUAACUUUAUUAUUUAAUGUUGCAUAAGCAAGCACGAAUCUAGGGGAGGGGUCCAGACACCCCCAUUCCAGUUUUGUUUUUCAGAAAUUGAUAAAAACAACCAGACAUUCUUACACUAUCAUAUUGUAUCAAAAAAAAUUAUAAGUCGUAUAAUUUUGUUUGAUUGCUCUAUGAAUUUCUGUAAAGGAUGAUUCAUUGUUUUCUGAAGUAAACACAGCUGAAGUUUACAACAAAGUUGUUAAAGCCUCCUCAGCCAAUAACCAAUCAUUUCUAAACUAAUACAACAGUAUGAAUUUCAAUUGAAUAUUGCAAUAGUAAAUUUUUGCACCUUGACAUAUUCCAGAUAUCCUAAAAAUUUGUCUAAGGCUUUACCAGGCCUCCCAAAAUUUCCUACUUUCUUCACUAAUAUUUUGAGGUUCUUUACCUUUCCAUUAUUUUUAGGUGAAAUUAUUAUUUUUUCCUACUUUUUUAACUACACUUUUUGGCUUAGCCCAAUGUGAAAUACAAAACUUUUAGCAAAAACACAUACUGUCCUAUUGCGAGUAUAGUCCAACGUCUUCUAUUAUUAACUUAAGAUAGCGUAAUGUUUCAGAACCUGGUGGUUUGCACAAGUUAUCGCUUGUUGGAAUCAGAGGCACAAACUUUCUCUUUCAAGAUGAGCAAAUUGUUUUCUCUGGUAAGUUACUUUAAAGUGCAAAUAUCCUCCAUCCUAAUGAAGAGUAAUGAAGGGAUGAUUAAAUGUUCCCUUACCUGAAUAUAUUUUGGGUUUUCUAGUUGAAGCAUGGUGCACCAGCUUUUGAAUUUCUUGCCUUUGUUAUUGUUUGCAUAAGCUUUAGCUGCAUGUUAUUUGAUUUUCAUGUAGGAAGGUGUUCAUUUCUCUGUCAGUCAUGUCCUGAAAUGGCUAGGCUCUUUUAAUUUUAAUAGCCAAAUUUUAUGCUAAUCUUACAUACGUCCAUGGCUGUGGUGCUUUAGAAAGCUUCUUUAACAAGUUUUAUAUUUUCAGGGUAAUGAGGAAAAAAAAACACACUAAAAUGCUGCAUGGAAAACAUGAUUCCGGCAUCAGUGGUUAAUCUAUUUAGAGAGUAAUGGUCAUGAACUAUCAUGUUGGUGUCAGCCAUUGCCAAAUGGCUAGUUUCACUGUUUCUGUAAUAUUUGUCAAAAGACAGAAACUCUUGAAACAUGAACAGGGAGAUAAACAUAAAGAACUGACUGUGGUGAUGCUUAGUUCUUACCAGCAAACUGUUCUACAAGGCAGAUUAUGUAUGUAUGUUUUAAAGGUUUUACUGGCUGUGAAUUAGUAGGCAACUGUGUAAAAAUAUUCUGGUAAGUCCCCUAUGAAAUCAAAAUUCUCUCUAAUUUUUCCUACCAAAGAUUUUACUCUCUGAAAACUUUACCCUACUAAAUUUCCUGCUUUUCCUCAGAGACCUGUUGGAAAACCUGUUUUAGAAAUUUUUCACCUAAAUUUGUAUUUUUUAGGACAUUUGUAGCCUCUAUAACAUAGACCUGUUACAGAAUUGGACUUUUUAAUUGUUUAGAUACUAGAAUUCUCAUAAGAAAAAUAUAUUUUGUAUUGAUGAUGUCCAAAAUUUGUUAAAUUGCGGGUGGUGUGACCUGUACAAGUAACAACUGUAAAGAAAAAUUUUAUAACGGGCAUUUUGUUUACAAACCCUAAAGUAUGAAUUUUGACAUAAACUUGAAAUUUUCUUUCUAAAUAGAAUUUUAAAUACUUCUAAGUAUUUAAUUUGUAAACAU